GAUAUUUGUUGUUGACACUGACAGGCUGACUCCUGCUGCUUUCACUUUUUGCAAAUUCUGUUUCUGUUUUGUUUCGGCUAAACAUUCAUUUUUAGCUAAUUAUGCAUAUCCAGAUUGACCCUGCAGUUCGUGACUUUCUCGAAUCGAGGGAUGUCUCGUCCCCGUCAGUGGGGUUAAUCGUUGGCGUGUACCCCGAAAACCCGACCACCACGCCGGUGAAAGUCCUCCAUCUCGCCCAAACCAACCCUGCCGAGCCAUCAGACACACCCCCGACAAUCGCCACACUUGCGACCUCUCUUCUUACCCACCACACCCGUUCCCUCCUCAGAAUGCUCCCCGGUGGGAUGAAUAUUCUUGGAAUUUACUCAACAUCCUCUGAAAUAAGUUCAACUCCUCCAAAAGCAUUGUUAAAUUCUCUCACAAAAAAUCUAUCCACAAAAUUUUCUGCGUAUCAACCAUUCAUCGACCCUGAGGUGUACUUGCAAUUUGAUGGAAAGAAAUUUGACGUGAUUACGCUGGACAAGGAUGGCAAUAAAACGCUAAAAUUAGAUGUCGUGUUUAAGGAGUGUGUCUUAUCCAAGGUGCAAGUUGAUUUCUGGCUAAGUGGAGUGGGGGUACAACAAUACGAUGGGAGAGGGGACAAGGGUGCGUUUUUCGAGGUGAAGGAAGGCGUUGAGAGAGUAGUGGAAGUGUGGAAGGACUGUCUUCAAGAUUCCGACACAAUUAUGACACUCUUUGAUGGUAAUCUCGCCUCGACAAGUACACGUUAUGUGGAAUCUGCUCCAGUCUCUAUUCUUGUUGCGAAACUUCCUACGUACUUUCUGGAGAAGGGGAAGGGUCGAGAUAACAGGGACUUCAUUAACCAUCUCCAUUUAAGAGGGAAGAUGCACUUGAUUGCAUAUGUUAAUGAGGGAGAAAGUACGAAAAGGGCAGAGAUGGCAACACAUGUCGACCUUCUCCGUUCCUUAUCAGCCCGGUUACAACUCCAUUGCGAAUCACUUAUUGAGGAAGAUUCCAACAUUGAGGCGAGUCAGGGAUUAGAAAAAGUAGUUCAUGAACUACCACGACGAGUCUUUGUGAAACUGAGCAAGGAGGAGAUUUACGUAUGUGAUUAUCUAUUCCCUGGUGAAGGACCAAGGGAUUGCUUAGAGAGCUUUGGUCAAGUUUUGGGUGAAAAGUAUGGGGUUUUAGAGGAAGAGGAAGUUGUUGAUGGUUGGGAAGGUGUCGGAGAUAUGGAAAGUAUUGGAUCACGAAAUGAACAUGGAUCAUCCAUGGAACAAUUGGCAGAUUCUAUUAGUUCUAUGCAAAAGAAAAGCAAUGAAAAUUCUGGUCUGGUUUGGUUUGGAGUAGUCCUUGCGGUGUUGAUUGGAUUGAUUGCAAUUUUUGUGAUGGGGUGGAAAUGAGCUAAAAUUAUAAAUUCAGUGCAAUUUGUAUUUCGUAAAUACGUUAUUUUGGGAGGUAAACAACAUUUUUAUUUACAAUUACAAUUUGUAAUAAUUAUAUAUUUAUUUGUUGAAUUAUAAAUAAUAGCGCUCCAAUUUUGUUCAAAUUAUUAUUUUUGAAGUGACAACAAAUUGAAAUAAAUCCUAAAUCCUUCUAAUCUGCCAUAACUGUGUGGUUUGUAAAUUA